CCGAGAACGCUCCACCGCCCCAGCCCAGCUCAGCUCAGCUCAGCCUCACCCACUAUGCUAUCCUGUGUUCCCAAACAAACCACUACACCCAUGCCCGGCACUCUUAACCAAGCAACCCUUCAACCACCACCUCCCACAAACCUACCCGGGUUAUUAGACCCUGUCCCCCUCCACCUCCUCUCACCAACCUCACCACAACGGGGGUUAUUAGACCCCUGUUCCCCCCUUCCCAAAAACCAGAAACGAGAGAAGAAAGAAAGAAA